AUGACUUCUUUUUCAAAAGAUAUAACAUCUACUCUUCUUUGGCAAUACCAGUCAAGUAAAAUAUUUACUGGUAGGUGUGAAGAAGAGGGUACAAUUUUGAAAAAUGAUAGUUUUACUUUGAAGGUGGCAUCAAAUAAAAUACCAGAAAUAACUAAAAUUGAAGAAACAGUUUUUGAAAAAUGUCUAGUAUCACUUUUUAAACUAAACCAAAUACCAAAAACAUCUAAUAUUAUAAAACUAGAG